AUAGAUGUCUACAGCAAGGUGCUUUAGCCCGUACAACUGCAUCCACGCAAAUGAACGAUCAGUCAUCAAGAUCCCACGCAAUAUUUACAAUUUUAAUAAGAAGGCAACGUUUAAUUACAUCGGGAAGUGAAUACGUAAAAGAUGACCUGGAAACAUUAACAUCAAAAUUUCAUUUUGUUGACUUGGCUGGAUCAGAAAGAAUGAAACGUACCGGAGCUACAGGCGAGAGGGCACGUGAAGGUAUUUCAAUUAACAGUGGAUUAUUGGCAUUAGGAAAUUGUAUUUCCGCAUUGGGAGAUAAAACAAAGAAAAUUUUACAUGUUCCGUAUAGAGAUUCUAAACUCACCAGAUUACUUCAGGACUCAUUAGGCGGUAAUAGUCAGACAAUUAUGAUUGCAUGCAUAUCACCCAGUGAUUGCGAUUUUAUGGAAACUUUAAAUACUCUAAAGUAUGCAAAUAGAGCCAGGAACAUUAAAAAUAAAGUACAAGUAAACCAGGAUCAAAAUUCCCGCACAAUUUCCCAGUUACGCAGAGAAGUGGCGUCACUUCAAUUAGAGCUUUUAGAAAUAAAGCAAUAAAAGGAUCGAUUACACCAUCCGACACUCAAUAUUAGACACGAACCAGAUGAUAUGUAUAAAUCUAAAACUAGAUCAAAAUCUCAAAGUACAUUUUUAAAAAAUUAUUUCAAAUACUUCUGUAUUCUUGAAAUUCAACAAAUAAACACAUAUU